AGUAUCCGCCCAGUAUCGACAGUGGAGGCCGGCACCGCCUACGAAAACAUGGUUGUCCGGGCAUUCAACAGGCUCGGCGCAGACCUCGAGCGCAUCGGCGGGGCAAACGACCAGGGGAUCGACUUCCGCGGGCCGUGGGCACUGCCCGAGCAAUCCCAGUUCUACGUCGUCGGCCAGUGCAAGCACUACGAGCGCAAGAAGAUCGGGCCCUCUGUUAUUCGCGAGUGGGAGGGCGUCAUGUCGCGCCAGGAGCCAGAUACGCUGGGUGUCAUCUCUGCGUCCAGCGGGUUUACCACAAAGGGCGUGCGCACAGCA